GCAAAACAUUUUUUAAAGGCCUGACCCAACUACUGGCUUGAGGCUGAUGUUUCACCUACAUCUAUUGCAUGUAUUAAUGAUGCAAGUAUUGCGCAUGGUUGUGAGUACGUACCAAGCAGCUAGUGGUGCUGGUGCUGCUGCAAUGGAGGAGCUUGAGCAACAGACUCGUGAGGUCUUGGAAGGAAAGCCUCAAACUUGUAAUAUCUUCAAUCAACAGUAUGCUUUUGAUCUCUUCUCACACAAUGCACCUAUCCUGUCAAAUGGCUACAAUGAAGAGGAAAUGAAACUAGUAAAAGAGAACAGGAAAAUCUGGAAUGACAUGAAUGUCAAAGUAACUGCCACAUGCAUAAGAGUUCCUGUUAUGCGUGCACAUGCUGAGAGUGCGAACCUCCAAGUUGAGAACCCCCUUGAUGAGGUAAUUUUACAUUUUAACUCAAAUUUUUAUUGGUUUUUGAUUCAUAAUAAAUCUUGUUGCCUUAAUUAUGUUUUAGUGGAGUUUCUAUCCUUGAUUUUCAUCUGUUGUUGAAGGAUAAGUUCUUGAGAUUAGAGCUAUGGAUAUUGUUCAUGGCAAUGUUAUUCUUUUUUUGGUGAUACACACCCUGUUUUAACUACAUUUAUCUAUUGGUAUUCCAUGCUUUCUAUAUCACUUCUAUACAUUGUAUUAACCUGUCUCAUAGACUAAGAUGAGUUUAUAUAAGGGAAAAAUUGCAAAUUUGUCUGUGGAAACCUUUCAUCCGACCUUUCCUUUGAGAUUUGCCUAUUCCCAUAUGAUAAUCUCUAUGGUUUUUUGGGGAUAUAAAAAAAGUUUGUACCAAGUGCACAAGCUUAUAGUAGC